ACCCUUGAGCUUUAUCAGCUCAAGCAUGCAACAAGGAAGCCAGUGCAGAUGGUUCAAGGUAAAGCACACAACAGUGGGCUUAAAACUAAACCGGAGUUCCCCCCUUGUGAAGAAGGGAUGAAGGGAAGAGGAGCGAGUGGGAGGGGGAGUGACAGAGGGAUGGAUAAGAAAACAUAACACGCCGAAGGCUUGGAGUGAGCACUGAUGAGGACACUGUCACUAAAAUCAACAGCAAUGUCAGCCAGCGUCCUCUACUACGGGGAACAUCACAACUGCACCGAUGUGGACAGACUGAUGAAGCGCUACUACCUGCCGGUCUGCUACAGCAUCAUCUUUGUCGUGGGCCUGGUCGGCAACAUUACGUGCAUUAGCAUUUACCUGACCAAGCUGCGUCCCUGGAAGAGCAGCAGCAUUAUCAUGGUCAACCUGGCACUGACUGACCUCCUGUACGUCCUCAGCCUACCCUUCCUGGUCUACUACUAUAACAACGGGGAUUCGUGGACCCUUGGUGAUUUCAUGUGCCGCUUUGUGCGCUUUGGUUUUCAUUUCAACCUGUACGGGAGCAUCCUCUUCCUGACGUGUCUGGCAGUUUUCCGUUACAUGGUGGUGAUUCAGCCUCUGAGGGCAGCACAGGUGCAGCAGAAGGUUUGGGGAAUCAUCGCGUGCACAGCCGUCUGGACCAUCACUGCUGCCGAAAUCACACCGAUAUUGACGGUGAUAUCCUUGGAGGAACGCAACAACAAGACCUACUGCUUGGACUUUGCUAGCGCCAUAGCUGUCCAGGUGUGGUGGUACGGCUGGCUGCUCACUGCAAUCGGAUUCCUACUCCCCCUUGCGGUGGUAUGCAUGUGUUACAUCGGUAUAGUAAAGCAGUUAGCGAAAGGGCCCUCCACGUCCAGUCCGUUUAGGAAGCGCGCGCGGCGUGUGACCGUGUUGAUCCUGGUGGUGUUUGUGGUGUGCUUCAUGCCGUAUCACAUCUUGCGUAUUUUGCGGAUACAAACUAGAACCACGGAAGAGACGUCGUGCAUGAUGGAGCGCAUCGUGCAUGCAGCGUAUAUUAUCUCCAGGCCUCUGGCUGGUGUCAACACGUUUUUUAACCUGGCUCUGUACACUCUGUCAGGGGAUACGUUUAGGCGGGCCUUCAUCAGCACCUUUUACCGAGAAAACUGGCUGACAAAGGCCAGGUCAGUGCUCCACCUCACCAUCAUCAGCAAGGCAGCCCCUGACACGCAAGCUGCGUGAAUGACCUCUGACUGACCCCUGACUGUCCAACACCACAGUUCACUUCCAUCUCUUUUGUGGAACGACUUUAAGUCUUCUGACUCAGACGCGAUGCCGGGAAAGCUGCAUGAUCUCCAUUGUAUGCUUCCCAGACACAAUAAAUAGUUUCUUAUGCCAGCGCCUGAAAUGUAAAUAAGAUAAAGAUAAGAUUAAAGCUGAUAGAAGUGCAUGUAAAGGGUUUACAAGUGUGAGUAUAAUUUACAGGCGAGAUGAUGUCAUACAUUGUUUGUUCAUAAAACCAGGAAGUGAGUUAGCAUUCCUAGGCUGGGGUUUCCUGUCAUCACGUUAAUAAUUUAUAUAGAGAUAGUCCUUUUUGUUUUAUUUAUGUGAAGUACACUGAAUUGCUCCUGUAAAUGGAAUGUAUAGAAAUGCUGUUUUGCUAACUUGCUAUUGUUAUUUCCUGUCACUUCCCCCUGGUUUAUUGUGUGUUGAUACCGUAUGUAGUUUGUCUUUGUUUUUACACCUAUGUGUCUUAACCAUGAAGCUGUCUUAUGUUUCAAAGACUACACAGUUUUAACUUCAUGAAUAACAAGUGUUCCUAGUUUAAAAGUCAUACAGGUGUGUGGGACUAUGGAUUAUUAUAUUGUGUUUGUAUUUGUUGUUCAGUUCAAAAGAUUAAAAUGUGUUUUAAUGCAACUCUUCA